AGCCAUGGCGUAAUUAGCCUCGCCGCCCGACGGGCCGCGGAACCCGCGAGCUGCAAUGGCCGCGGAGCCAGCGAGGAAGCGCGCUCGCACCAAGGCUCCCCGGGGAGGCGCGCCGCGGGCCACCGCACCCGCAGAGGCCGCCGCCCCCGGCGCCGGCAAGCCUCCAGAGGAGCGCGUGGAGCCCGGCCUGGCCGCGCGGAUCAAGGCGCGGCUCCAGGAGGCCGCUGCUGGCGCCCCCGCGCCGGCGGCCCGGGCCGCCGUGGCACCGUCGCCGCCGCUGGGCGGCCAGCCAGCCGCGGGAAGACCGCCCGCGACGCCAGCUGCCGCCUCGGCGCCAGGAGGCGCGGCUAUCGCAGCGGCCGCCACCUCGACGCCCCCCGGUGGCGACACUGGCGGGAGAUCAGGCCUGUGCUUCCUGCGCCUGUCCGCGAAGUGCCAGCCCUCGAAGCCCGUCAAGACGCUGGUGUACCUCGACAGGGACGAGGUCAGUUUCGGCAGGCUGCCGACCUGCACGGUCGUGUUAGACUCUGACCGGGCACCGCAGAUGAUUUCGAGGGCGCACGCCCAUGUGAGGCGUCACCAAAGCCCCGACGCUGUCCUUCCCGAGCAAUGGAAGGUCGACGACAAUAAGUCGACGAACGGAGAUCCGGAAACUGAAAGAAGAGCUCGCAGCCGAGCGCCAGCAAAAGGAGGCGGAGGCCCUGGAGCAGAAGCAGGCAAGCGACACGAACCUCAACCUGACAGACGAACUGCACUGCAGUAUUUGCCAGGACGCUCUCAGGUUCAGGCUGCGACCAUCGAGUGCUCGCACACCUUCUGCUGGUCGUGCAUCGACCAGUGGCUGCGGCAGAAGAAGUUCGAGUGCCCCGAGUGCCGGGCGGACGCGCGGCCCUCAGCCCCCGAGGCGCGCCAGGAGGAGCACCGCGCCUCCCGGGGCUCCCUGGCCGAGGUCGGCGCGGGCUGCGAGCUCACCGCCCCGCGCCCGCUGACACUCGAGGCCAAUCACGGGCUCUGGCCGCUCGAGGCCACUGUUGACGAUGGGGCCCGCCGGCUCCACGUUGGCGAUCACGUCGCGGGCGGGGGCGUCACGCUAUGGUGGCGCCCCCCUGACGGCACUGCCCUUGUCCAGAACCUUGCCGAGGUGCACGGUGCACACGCGCCUGGCGCGUUCUCGCACCUGAGGUCUGUCUUGGCAUGCUAUUUGUCGACUUUGACGGCCCUCAACUUUGUCAUGCGCAAGCUGGUCGCUUCCGACGAGCCCAGUAAUGAGCGCAUUGCGCGCCUCUUCCGCAGUCUGAGAAUGCUGGUGGACACCUGGCACAAGUUUCAAGAGCUCCUGCGCAUAGCCACUUUGUUUGACCAGUUCAAUGCGUCGGGGUACCUAAUCAGUGCAGUGUCGGAGUCUAUACGGGGAAUUUGGUUUGGCGCGCAAGUCUCUGGUCGAGUUGGCAUCGCCACUCGAGGGUCGCAAGCAGGGACCCCCCUCGCUACACCCCUGCUCUCGUUUGUGAUGACGAAAUGUCUCAAGGGUGCCCGCGAGCUCAUGGAUGCAGCAGGCUUGUCCGUUCAGGUCCCCAGCGUUCAGCUCUCGUCGAUCAAGGUGACGCGCGUGCACCGCGCUGCUCUGCGGCUGCCAGCGCAGUCGCAGCGCGCAAUCCUGCUGCACAGGUGCGCGCGCAACAUGUACUUGCGGCCCCGCAUUAAGGCGACUUCCUUUCUCCUCGUGAUGGAGCUCCUGCUCUUGUCCAUGAUGGGUCGCGAUUUGAAUGCCAUGUCUGCCGCGAGGCGGCUCAGUUGCUACGAGAUGCUGAAGGCCAGUUUGGCCCUGCAGCAAGCUAUCUUAAGUCCGCGGCCGGGCGAGCCAAUUUCGGACUGGGGCUGCCGGCAAGGCAUCGUGGGCUUCCCGGGCCACAGGGCCACCGUUGCCCACGCCCCUUCCGCGCGGUCAAACAUGUAUGGGGUCGCCCUGGCGCUACCGCACAGCAACAUCAACAGCCCUACUCAUAGGCUCUCUGCCGGCUCGGUUUGGCUGUCGACCUCGGCCGCGGCCCGUGGUGCCGUUGUCGGAGGGUCGGUGUUGUUCAACGAGUUGGUGUUGGCUGUUGGAUUGGUCAGUGCUUGCUGGUUGUGGGGCUAUUACUGCAGCGCUGCGAGCUCUGUCGAGGCGCCCGCCGCCUUCCUUGCGCCACCCCUCGCGGCACGGCUGCGCAUCAACUCGGUUGGAUACCUGCAGGAACUCCGGCAGCGCUGGCCCGCCGACCUCGACGGUUCGAUCGCCCUCGCCGAACUGGCCGCCCCCUCGCCCGACUCCCCCGCCCGGGCGGCGCAGGCCCAGGAUGCGGUGGAGCUUUUCGCGCUCGACGCGGAGCAGACUGCCGCUUUCACGCGCUCUUCCAUUCACGCCGACAGUCACGUUCGCGGCUCGAACCAGACCGAGGGCCCUCACUUCGGCGCCGCCCUGAUGGACGAAGCUGCCCUCCACCCGGAGGCAUUCUCCGUCGCGCCCAUCCUCCGCCCCCCGUUCGCCACCGUCGUCAUGGUAUGUGACCCCUGCCAGCUCGCCCCCCGCUGCAAGUCGCAGGGCGCCCUCGCGCGUGGGCACGGGGCCAGGCUGAUGGCCAAGUCUCAGGGGCAACGAGCCUCCGCGGUCCGCCGCGUCCACGGGCGCAGCCCCGGCGACUUCGCCGUCCGACUUCCACGCUGCUACUGCCGCCGGACCGAGGCCUUGCACCCUUGCACAGCCUCCAUCCACUGCGCAGGCCACCCGCAGCACGCCACAGCUAUGGCACCUGGCCCUGAUGCGCGCGCGGGGGAACAAGUGGGGAUCAUCAUAACCGACUUCGUGACGGCCGAGAUCGCAACCGAGCCUGGGCUGCAGGACCUCGACCGCCACGACCACGAGCGUCCGGCGGCCGCCCUUGCUCUGUCCAUGCUUGCGCCCCUCUUCGCCAUCGACCGGCACGACGCUUGCCUCCUGAUAUUCGAGGACGCCCUCGCGACGCUCGUGGACAUCCCGGCAGCGGCCUCCGCCAUGGCGCACUCCGCCAGCAUCCGCGCUCACCGCUACCGCCCCGUCAGCCGGCCCCUCUACGUCCAGCGGCGGGUCAGAAUCGCCCCGCCCGCGGGCUACGGCCCAGCCCACUCAUCGGCGAAGCGGGCGCUCACCCGCUCACCCCCGCGCUUCCGCCCCCGCCAGCUCACCGGCAGUUUUCCGAAGUGCCGGUGCCAUCAGCACCCCGCCCCCGACUACUUGGAUCUCACCAUGCGGGACCCAUCCAGGCGUUGCGGCGCAACAUCAACUGGUUCGCCACCGCUGCUCAUAUACCGUUGGCAGGGCCGCUACCUCGACCCCGCUGCCGACCCAUCUGGCUGCGGAGACAGAUUCGAAGCCCUGCUCUGCGUGCUCACGGGUUCAUGCCCGCGCAUGGCGGCGCCAUUGGCCGCCUGGGCGGCUGGACUGACGCAGGCUGGCGCAGAGUGGCAGCGUGGGCUCGCCUACCAUCUCAGGGGCCUCCAGGCCUUGGAGACCGCCGCCCCCGCGCCGCGGGUGCGUCUGCCCGCGGAGGGCUUCUGCUUGCGCGCCGACUCCCGCGCGCCCCAUUGGAUGUUCACGGACCGGUUCGGGGCCCACCACGCCGCGCCCCCGCGCCCCGCGGCCAAGCCGACGGAAUGCCACUGCCGUUUCCACUUCGCCCACCCUGCCAACCAGUGCAACGAGCGCCAGGCAUGCCGCGGCCCGCGCGACGACCGCGGACAGCUUUCAGGCCGCUGA